CUCAUCUGCCGUGAGCAAAUGAGGUCCCGGCCCCUGGCUUGGCCCUGUCCAAGGUCAUUAGUAGCCAUGCCCCAGGUGGUUCCGGUACAAUUUGUGAGAUUUGUGACACUACUCGACUGUCGCGAAGCUCUGCCUUCUCUUUCCUAGCACACGCUGAGCGAAUGAAGAUCACCCUUCUUCAGCCCAAUGCAAGAAGCAUUCGCAUGGUCCUUCAUCGUGUAUUGUGCUCUGGCCAUCCUCAGCUCUGCGGACGAUGAUGAAGAGGAUAUCAAAGCUCGAGGCGUCCUGCACAUUGAGCCUUUGCAGAUUCUUAAGCGUCUCACCAGCUGGUGCACAUCCUGGAAGGCGCAUCGAGUGAAUGAGCAGGCUCUACUACAACUUCACCAAAAUUUGCCAGUCCCCUGCUCAACGCAAUUGCCCAUCCGGUCAAUCACUACAGUCUCGCCUUGACAUCAGAUACCCUCACACUCCUUGAUGAAGAAUAUGUAUAGUUGUGCCAUUG